AUGAGUCAGGAUCCUGGUGCACCCGGUGAGCAACCGCGCAGUGGGGAUAACGGUGCCCUCCCUCCAGGCAAGGACCAGGCGUGGAUCUCGGCUUUGGUGGAUAACCUUGUUCCAAAAUUUCAAGGACAAGGAAGCGCUUCAGCUAAUGAUGCCGGUACGCAGGACAAUCAACGAGGCAAGAUCCCAAGUUCAAGAGCCGUCACAGGUCGAUGUUUCUAG